AUGAAACUCUUUGCCCUCCUGCUGCUGGCCAGCUGGGUGUCCACAUCUCUCGCCAUCCUUAAGGAGCCAGAAGAUGAAAUCGACAUGGAGGCUCAUCCCACAGCUGCCUCUGCCCAGUUCAUCAUCAGCAACCCCCGGGUCUCCAAGAAGGACCUUUCUAAGGAGGCUUCCAUCUCCAGUGAAGAGCUGGUUUCUGAAGAGAAUGUUGUGAUCCGAUCUGCCAGGACACCACGGAAAUAGAACCUCCAGCUGCCUGACCCCAUACCCCAGGAGCAGAGUUUCAGAAACAGUGCCCUUCAAUCAGAGGAGACCACAGGAUUCACUCCCAGGGCUGCCACCACCUCAGAGGGAAAAUUGGCUAAACUCAGCCAUAAAAUCGGGAAGAAUUUGGAAAACACAGUGAAAGAAACCAUGAACUAUCUGAAAAGCCUACUCCCUCAGGCCUCUGAAGUCAUGAGGCCCUAA